AUGAACAGAUUUACUAGAAAGCAAUCAGGAGGACAAUGGCAUUGGUGGUGGCCCUGGCAGCUUGGGAAGAAUGUGAGCAACAGAAUCGGCAGGAUUCUUCAGAGGCUGUUCCUGCUCUCCUCUGCCACUCAGUCUGCAGUCUCGGCCCAUUUGAGGAGGAAUGCUGAUGUUACAGCUGUGGCAUUUAAUAAGAAGCUUGAUCCUGUUCAGAAACUCUUUGUGGACAAGGUUAGAGGACACAGAACUAAGCGACAGUCAGCUGGGGGACCUGCUGGUACUGGCCCAGAGCAUCAGCGAGUGGAGAAGCAAAUGUACGGUAUGGCAGACAUGACUGUGUUCCCUGACUUCAGACUUGAAGAUCCCAAAUUGGAAGACAUUGAAAAACCCCAUGCUUAA